CUUUAAAGGUCGCUGUGCCACAGGACAAAGCACAGAGCGAGACUCAGGCCCCCAGCCAGAGUCCAGGUGAGAAGGGCCAAAAUAUGGAAGUGGUCCCUCCCAAGAGCAGGAUCAGCCCACCCAAAGCCUCAAGUCAGCAGCAAGGCUCGGUGCACAAACAAACCAAAAGCAACCUGAAGGUAACCUCCCCAGAGGACGCCCAGCACGUAAGCCGCAGACAGGCCUCCCCAAAUGGGACGGCCCCUUCGAAAGGGGACGCCAAAGGCAGCCGCACUGUCCCGCGAAGACACACAUUAGGGGGAGCGCGCGGCUCCCGAGAGAUCCUGGCUAUGCAGCCCCCAGACAUGGACAAGAAGCGGGAGGCCUUCCUUGAGCAUCUGAAGCAGAAAUACCCCCAUCAUGCCUCAGCGAUCAUGGGCCACCAGGAAAGGCUGCGAGAGCAGAGCAGAAGCCCCAAGCACGGCCCCAGCGUCGGCGAUCAGCUUGACCACCUAUCACUGGCCUCCCUGGAGUCGUUGGACGCCAUGUCCGAGUCCGACGCACCCACAGCCUUCACCCGCGGCAGCCGGGUUCGUGCUAGCCUGCCCGUGGUGCGAUCGACCAACCAGACAAGGGACCGCUCGCUAGGUGUGCUGUACCUGCAGUACGGUGACGAGACCAAACAGCUCCGCAUGCCCAACGAGAUCACCAGCAUCGACACUAUCAGAGCUCUGUUUGUCAGUGCCUUCUCGCAGCAGCUCAACAUGAAGAUGUUGGAGUCGCCCAGCGUCGCCAUCUACGUCAAAGACGACAUGAGAAAUGUGUACUACGAGCUCACUGAUGUCAGGAACAUCACAGAUCACUCCUGCCUGAAGGUUUACCACAAAGACCCAGCACAGGCCUUCAGCCACGGGCCAAGACCUGCCAAUGGCGAUGCCAGGAUGCAUAGCGAGAUGGUGCAUGCCAGUCGUGAUGGCCCGCACCCUCUGAGACAGCCCCCUAUGGGUCCCCCAUCACACCACCCCAUGCAGGGUGCACUUCCCUCGACUCCCCACUCCAUGCCCCCAUCCCCCUCCAGAAUCCCAUUUGGCCCACGGCAGGGUUCUAUACCUGGCAACGCCACUAUCCCAAGGGACCGGUUGUCUAAUGCCAACCCUCCGGCCCGCUCCAUCUCACCCUGUCCCAGUGCUAUCCUGGAGAGACGGGAUGUCAAGCCGGAUGAGGACAGGGGCGGUAAAAGCCACAGUCUAUCCAGGGGAAAUGAGGGAUUGUAUGCAGACCCAUACUUGCUCCAAGAUGGAAGAAUGGCCAUGGCUAGUGGACAUGGACCACACCCCAACCCUGGUUCUGAUGUUCCAGAUCAUGGCAUGGGGGGAUUUCACCGUGCCUCCAUCCGCUCCACAAGCUCUUACAGCGGGCCCAGCCCGACAGACAGUAUGGAUCACCCCUCUCUGUACAGGCAGAAGUCCAGAAACAGCCAGCUGCCUACUUUGGGCUCCAAGACUCCUCCCCCAUCCCCUCACCGUAUGGCUGAGGUACGGAUGAUUGACAUCCAUGGCGGGCCUCCUCAUGGCGGGCAUCCUCAUGGCAUGCCUCCUCAUGGCGGGCCUCCUCAUGGCGGGCCUCCUCAUGGCGGGCCACCUCAUGGGAUUCCACUUCAUGGCGUUCCACUUCAUGGCGGGUCACCUCAUGGCGGGUCACCUCAUGGCGGGCCUCCUCAUGGCGGGCCUCCUCAUGGCGUGCCACCACAUGGCGUGCCACCACAUGGCGUGCCACCUCAUGGCGUGCCACUUCAUGGCGUUCCACUUCAUGGCGGGCCACCUCAUGGUGUUCCCAUGGAAAGAAGCUCACCUGUGCGCCAAUCCUUCAGGAAGGAGGAAGUGGCAGGGACCAAGCCCCGGAACAGCAUGGGAUCACCUGUAGUUUCAGACCUCCAAGGUCACCUCCAGGGGCCCAUCCCAGCAGCCAGUGAACACCAUACACGAGUGCGAAUGAAGGCUAUGGAGCAACAGAUUGCCAGCUUGACUGGUCUUGUUCAGCAUGCACUUUUAAAGGAGCCAAACACUAGUGGCACCAAGGAGCUAAUAAGUGAGAGACCACCGAAGACAUCAUCCCCAGCCCACAGUUCAAACAGCUCAGGUGGUUCCCCAGUCUUGGCUCCAAAGAGCAGCGCAGCUCCUGCAGACAAGGGUCCAGUUCCUCUCAAAGUCAACCUCCUGCAGUUCAGGAAGAACGUUUCUGACCUCAGGAUGCAACUCCAUCAGAUGAGACAGCAGCAGCUCCAGAACCAGGAGGCCUUACGUGUCCAGCUGAGGCGGGCAGAGCAGGAAAUCAGUGUUACACUUGCAGAGGCCAUGCGGGGUCUGGAGGACCCUGUGCAGAGGCAGAGAGCUUUGGUAGAAGAGGACAGGCACAAGUACCUGGGUCUGGAGGAGCGUGUCCUCACACAACUCGGUGAUCUGGAGCAGUAUGUAGGCUCGCUGCAGAAAGACUCCGCAGCGACACACAGAGUCGUGACCCUGAAGGACGUGGAGGAGGGAGCGGUGACUCUGAGGAAGGUGGGAGAAUCUCUGGCAGGGCUCAAAGGAGAGUUCCCAUCCCUACAAACGAGGAUGCGGUCUGUGCUCAGGGUGGAAGUGGAAGCUGUCAAGUUUUUGAAGGAGGAGCCUCAUAAACUGGACAGCAUGCUGAAAAGGGUCAAGAGCCUGACUGAAACACUCAGCGGUCUGAGAAGAUGUGCUUCUGAGGUCCCUAAGAAAGCACCUGAGCCCUCUGCUAGUGUCGCAGUGGACAGCAGCCCUUCAGCAGCAGCAGUCCCUGCAGAAGCUCCACUGGAGCCCCAGAGCUCCACCAUUAAAUCAGAAGUGAUGCCUUCCUCUCCCGUGGUCAUCCAUCAUGUCCAGAGCGCCCCGGUCCAAAUGCAGCAGUCCCAGCAGUCUGCACCCCUCUCACACCCCCAGUCCAAACCCGAGCAAGAGUCAGGGCCGGGAAUCUCCCAAGGGGCAGCCUCGGAUCCACCGAGUCCUGCCCGUCCUAAGAAGACACAAGGGAACCCUGUGAAUAAUGGAAACGGCACUGCCAACCAGGGUGUUGUCAUAGAGGAGCUCCAGAACACUCAGGGCAAGAGCAAAAGUAGAGCUAUGUCCAUUGAGGCAGCAGAGAAAGAGUGGGAAGAGAGGAGGCAGAACUUGGGUCAUUAUGAUGGAAAAGAGUUUGAGAAGAUCCUCCUGGAGGCCCAGGCCAACAUGAUGAAGGGCAUUCCCAGUCUAGAGGUGGAAGAGAACACAGCACUGCCCACCGCUGCCACUGCAGAACAAGCAGACGCCCACAACCCUGUGGAAUCACCAACAGAAGAGCCCCAGUCUGAGCCUCAGUCCGACAAAACAGGCAGGAAGGCGCCUGAGAAACUCCCAAAGCCUGUGAUGGAGAAACCAGCCAAACCUGCACUGGAGAGACCCUCCAAGACUGCCAACAAGCCAGCCCCCACUGACAGUUUUACAAAGCAGGGGGCUGAAAGGUCCAGCAAGUCCCCACCACCUCCACCUCCUCCAAGGAAGACCUACUCCAGCUCGAGCUCAGGCAUGACCACCACACGCUCUGGCGAAGUGGUCUACACCAACAGGAAGGAUUCUGUCUCGGCACAGGAGGGUGAAGAGGACACUCCACCUCCCAGUCCCCAACCCAAACCCAACAAGGUUGCACCAGAGACUAAGCCGAAGCCAGCCACCCCUCCCCCCGUCACGGAUCCUGUUCCCAUAGAAGAGGAGGAUGAAGGGGACAAGAUCAUGGCAGAGCUCCAGAACGCCAGUGUCGCUUCCCCUACUAGUCGGAUGCCCGUCCCUUUGUCUGCGAAGUCCAGGCAGUCACCGGGUACUACUGACAAAGCAGGAAAACAGCAAAAACUGCAGGACGCUCAGAGGCAGUUCCGACAGGCUAACGGAAGUGCUAAAAGAGUGGGAGGGGAUCAUAAAACUACUUCCCCUACUAUUCCCAUCUCUAAAAUCCCUGCUUUUUAUCCUAGCUCUACUAAAGGCAGCCCCCAGUCUGCACCAAACUCAGAUGCUACUAAUCCCAUUAACCCUUCCUCCUCCUCUUCCUCCUCUUUGACAAAGUCCUCCACCCUGCCUUCUCACGCUCCUCGUUCCGGUUCCCAACCCUCCUCCCACAUCCCCUCCCUGUCUAACGGAUCCCUCAAACUCCCCACACCCUCACAGCACACAGGUAAAGCUCUUUCAUUCUCCUCGCAGACUCAGAAUGGUCGAGUGCACUCCUCCUCCUCCUCUUCAUUCUCCUCCUCCUCCUCUUCAUCCUCCUCCCCCUCCCCUCUGUCGCCCACACCUUUGGGCCCAGGUGGAAAGAGCAUCCGCACCAUACACACCCCCAGCUUCACCAGCUACAGGUCCCACAACGGCAGCAACGGCAAAUCCUGCAUCCCAACAGCCACAGCAGCUAAGGACACUACCUAGCCCCGUUACCGCCCCCGCUCUGGUUUUACCACACAGCAGGUAGAGCUGGUCAUGUUUCAUUUUAUAUACUUUUGGUUUGCUGUUUUUUUUUCUUCUCUCUUCUGUUUUUGAACUUUUUUGUAAAAGUAUUAAAUGAUUCACUCCCCCCCUCUUCAUGUUUUAUUUGACACUGGCAUUCUCGCACCGAUGCUUCUAUCUCCUUUUAAGUUGCAAUUUCCAGUUUUGAAACAUACUUACUUGGAUUCUGAUUCUUUCUUGGAGGUGUACCACAUGUUCUGACAAAAUAUUUUAUAAUGGAAUUUAGUUUUUACCACUUUGUAGUUGAAGUGGAAGUCUCUCAUGGUGUUGAAAAUCUAUUUUUCUUGCUGUAGCUAUGAAUAGGGAACAUAGAGUUGAUGUACAAUCACAAAAUACCAUGUACAAAUGUUGUUUUAUUUUUCAAACCAGAGAUUGAAUAAUCAUAGUAUAUUUAAUCUUCUAUGUUUCUUAUGUUGCCAGACACAACACAGCCCUUGUAAAUGCCUUUUAUGAGUGUAUACAGACAUUUUAAAGUUGAAUUCAUUAUUAACUUCUGCUUUCUAAGAGUAUUUUCUCAUUUUUCACCCAUUUGAACUGCCAAUUUAUUUUACAGAUCUGUAAAACUGGUAUCAUAAGUAAUACAAGUUUUCAUUUUAGUGUGCCUAUUUGCCAAAGUUGUUGUAUAAUGACUCACUUCAGGCCUGACCCAGUCACAAGAUUUAGGGGAAAUUACAUGUACUCUCUUGUGUGAUGGCUGAAGUGUUGACGACCUCAGUGUUUGUACUGCUGGUCUUGGUUUGUUAAGUUAACAUGUAUUGUUGUCUAAAUGUAAACUGUACUAAAAACAAAGUGAAUCAGUUCUACCACAUGUACAUAUAUGCUUCUACUAAGAAAAUAAGUAGUUUUGUUAACAUACCAAAGUUUAUUUGUAUGCAUGCCUUUCAAAUACUUUAGGAGAGUGGUGUAAAAGAAGAAUUAUGUUUGCACAGAUAGAUUUUGUAAAUAUCUGGUUUUCUCUCAUUUUUGUAAAGCUUUAAAUCAUACUAUAAAGGAGCAAUGUGGUAAGGACAAAAACUGUGUCGGAGUAGCAAAAAUAAAGACUUGCAUGCUUGUAAUGCAUUUAGCUUCAA